AGAAACGAAGGCAGCGGCUGCGGGAAGAUGGCGGCUCAGCUGCUGCGGCAUCGCUCGCAUUGUGCAACGCCGCCCCGGGGUGACUUUUGUGAUGGCACUGAGAGGGCGAUUGACGAAGCUUCUUCUACGACCUCCAUGGAGUGGAAUACGCAGGUGGUGAAGGGGUCCUCGCCGCUCGGCCCCUCAGGGCUGGGGGCUGAGGAGCCGGCCGCCGGCCCGCAGCUGCCAUCUUGGCUGCAGCCUGAGAGGUGCGCUGUGUUCCAGUGCGCACAGCGCCACGCAGUGCUCGCCGACUCGGUGCACCUCGCCUGGGACCUGUCGCGGUCCCUCGUGGCCGUGGUCUCCUCCAGAGUUACAAAUAACGUCGUUUUGGAAGCGCCCUUCCUAGUUGGCGUUGAAGGUUCACUCAAAGGCAGCUAUCUCUUAAAAACAAAAGCCAUAGUAAAUGCAUCAGAGAUGGAUAUUCAAAAUGUUCCUCUAUCAGAAAAGAUUGCAGAGCUGAAAGAGAAGAUAGUGCUAACGCACGAUCGCUUAAAAUCACUAAUGAAGAUUCUGAGUGAAGUGACUCCUGACCAGUCCAAGCCAGAAAACUGAUCCUGUACCAAAGCUUGAAUGUUAGGUUCAGGCUUUAUUGCUGUCUUCAACAACAGGUGCUGCUUAGUCAUUUCUUGAAAAAGAUUGGCUUCAAGAAUGGAGGGGAAAUGCAGUUUCUAUUUACCUUUAGGCUCAUUUUCCAAAUUAUUUGUGAAGCUGUUUUUAGAACAUGAGAAACUAAGGAUUCUUCUCUUUUAUAGCUAUUUGCCUUAAGAACUUACUUUAGAUUCUUAUUGAAUUCAUAAUACUUAUCUCUGAAAAUGUCUUUGACUGUAAAUUUAGGAAUUAAGAUACACAGUCCCAUGUGUCCUCUGAUCCAAAGUUGCAUGGUUGGUCUGAAAAUAGAGUUGGGCUUAAUGUUGACUUCUAUUACUACUACGUGGAGCAGUUGUUAUGAAUACUAAUAAAUCAUUUUCUAACUUAU